AUGUCAGACGCUACAGAACAACCGAAGAAAGAGAAGUUCGCGCCAAAACAACCCGUCACACUGAAUCCACCGAAGGAUGAUGUUAUUGAGCGUGAUUACCUCGCAAAGUGUGAUGGCACAAAUGAUGGUUUUCCAACUCUAGUCGCUAUCAAGGGUGACGUCUUUGACGUGAGUGGUAAAGAGACGUAUGCGCCUGGCAAGGGCUAUCACGUCUUUGCGGGGAAAGAGCCCAACCGCGCUCUUGGGCUUUCUUCUCUUAAGCCUGAAGAUUGCAUAUCUGACUACUCCGAGCUUUCCGAUAAGGAAAAGCAAUCGGCCGGUUGCCUUCGGAGGGUGCUAACCUUUGAAUGGCAGAAGCAAUUUAACAAGGCUACAAGCUUAGCUGUACAUCCAUUCCGUCGCAGUCGCUCUGUCCUUAGGGAAGCCCUCAAUUUCUGUCUCAUGACGACUUUCAACUGA